AUGCUAAACUUAAUGUUGUUUACUUACAGUGAUACAGCCAUACAACAUAUAUCAGAGUCGGUGUUUGUGGGUUUGUGUCAUAAACUGGGGACAUCACAACUGGUGGCCAUGAGAAGAGAUGUGGUGGACAUCAGUGAGAUGGUGAACAAUCAAGUGUACCCAAUUAAUGGGCGAAGGAAGAUGGAGAGUGGAAGUCAAAGGGAAGGAUUCAGACUGGAAGGAUCAGAUACCGACAUGAUGUACUGGCCAAAUAAUCACCGUGUGAUCUGGGAAUUAUCUCAGUCUCAGUAUUACAACACACACAGACAAACACUGAUCCUCUGUGACUGUUCUGAUAGUCCACCAGGAUUCACUUUGUUAUAUUUACUGUCACCAAGCAUGAACAGAGACAUCCAGAGAGCUUGUGUUAGAAUGUAUGACAGAUAUUAUAUAUCUAGUUCUGCAUACAGACAUAUGUUUUGUUCAAACCGCAUUCCACAUGGACCUUGUGCCAGUGCAAAAUUCUUAACAGUGGAAUUUGAUUUUGCCUACUGUUUAGCUUGUGACUUUUGGCCUCCAUCCGCUUCUUCUUGGAUAGACAGAUGUCAUUUGUGGCCCCAGCCUCAUGUUGUUGAAGAUGUAGUGAAAAAUGGAUGUCACUUUGUAGCAGUCGGACAUAAACUAGGAAAUUAUGAAGAACAUGAAUGGAGAAUUUCUUUCUCUCUGGCAGAACAAAAACUAGUGAACGCAAUGAAUCACUGUCAAUUCUUAACUUACGGCUUACUUAAACUAUUCUUAACAGAAGUAAUUAACAAUGGACUAGGUGAUGAUGAUAAAUUAUUGUGUUCCUAUCACAUGAAGACAACAGUUUUCUGGGUGAUUCAACAAAAUACUAUACCCCACUGGUGUCCACAAAAUCUCCUGGAGUGUUUCUGGGUCUGCUUCAAACUCAUCCUCAAAUGGGUGUAUGAAGGGGCCUGUCCUAACUUUUUCAUUCCAGAAAACAACAUGUUUCUGAGUAAAAUUCAUGGCGAAAAACAACGUCAACUAUUUCUUAGACUGUAUGGGUUGUAUGAGAGGGGUUUAGCAUUUCUGCUACACAGUCCCUCAAUUAGAUCUUGUAUUGUAAAUGUGCUACAUAACCCCAGACUCUCCAUUGGUACAGAUGAACAUACUCUGAUUGCUGAGCAUGAGUUUGAUAGAAACCUUUAUUGUGAAAUAGGAAGCAAUGAAAUAUUUUACUUUUUCAACAUACAGAUGUAUAUGAGGUGUCUACAUACAAUAGAACAGAUGAUACAUGUAGGUUCACCCCUAAUUACGCAGUAUAACGUCCCUAUGCUACAGAAACUUACAUCUACUCUCCUUCAUAAAACUGCUUUUAUAGUAUACAUGGAAACUUACACUCAUAAAAACAAACUGAGGUAUAGAGCUGACAGAAUCUCCUGUCAUAUGCUGAAAUUAGCAGCCAAAUUUGGUUUCAUUUCUGACAGGCUGUACAUAGCUAUGUAUUAUUACAAGACACUUAGAUACACGGAAGCUGUAUCUAUUUUAGAGAUGAUCGAGGACAUGCUAGCACGGCCAUAUACGAUGUACAUGUAUAACUUUAAUAUAGGUCCAGAGAUGUAUCCUGAGGCUGUAAGGGGACAGUCCUGGUCUCUAAAGAUGAGACAGACUGUAGCAUGGUCUAACAGACUUUACCAUGAAAUCCACUACAUCAGUGAAUUGAUACCAGAACAACAAUCUGCUCAACAGAAUAAGGAUUCUGCAUUAGAUAUCCCACCGUUUAUACUGCUCUACAUGCUAGAGAUCUUGUGCUACAAACAUGUAGACACAAUGAGAGCACAAGCAGCUCUAGAUGAUCUACAGACCCUAGUUCACUAUGAAGAGGGACGGAUUAUACCUUUAAUAUACAGAGACAUAUCAUGGCGGAUUCUGGAGAUCUGUCAGCAGGAGAUAGGGGAUAUUUAG